AAUGGAAGAAGCAUUGGCAUUACAUCACACACGUAUGAAAUUGAAACUGCGCAAAGGGACACGUGUCGAUCACUGGUGGCUCGAGUCAAAGUAAAGACGAAUUCGGACUCAAACCGCCGCCGCCUCUAAAAAGGGGGGCAAGGGCGUCACGGGAAGUCGGAGAAAGGGAAGAAGAUGAUGAAAAAGAAAGGGCGGGAGGGAGAAGUGGUGGUGGACGGGUCGGAUAUAAUGAAGUUGGUUGGGAAUGAGGAGGUGUUCACGAGCUUCGUGGAUCACAAGUUUCAAGAACUCGACAAAGACCGAGACGGGAAGCUCUCUGUCAAGGAACUCCAACCCGCCGUCGCUGAUAUCGGCGCCGCCCUUGGCUUGCCGGCUCUCGGUUCUUCUCCCGGCUCCGAUCACAUCUACUCUGAGGUGCUUAAUGAAUUCACUCAUGGAAAACAAGAGAAAGUAAGCAAGAAGGAGUUCAAAGAGGUUCUUGGGGAUAUUCUACUAGGCAUGGCUACUGGUUUAGAGCGGGACCCUAUUGUAAUUCUUCGCAUGGAUGGCGAAGACCUUUUAGAGUUUGUAAACAAUCCAUCUUUUGAGUCUGAAAUGGUUUCUAUAUUCUCCGAGAUAGAGUCACGCGAUGGGUCGCUGAAAGAUUACAUCAUCCGUGCAUUCGAGAAACUCACUGUUGAUCAAGGCGUGCCUCCUGCCUCCGAUACUUGGGUAAUGAGUAAUAUUGUGAGACCAGCUGUGGAGUCUUGUAGUACUGGCCAGGAUACGGUCACGCAAGAUGGUUUUGUGGUUGAAUGCAAGAAUGCUGCAUUGAUCAUGGCUCAACGUCUGAAAGAGCAGCCUGUAAUUGUAGCUCACAGUGAGAACACUUUUGAUGGAAGUGGCAUUAAGAGGCUGUUGUCCAACAAAUAUGAACUUGACAAGACUCUGGAGUCUGCUGUUAAAAAUGUCCCUAAAGAUCGCCAUGGGAAGAUGUCCAAGAAUUACCUGCGUGUGACGCUUGAUCUGCUGGCUGCUUCAGCUGGCCUCCCUCCCAUUGGAGCAGUCGAUGAGAUGGACAAGAUUAUUGAUAGAACAGUCAAAAUGUUGGACGGUGAUGAUGGGAAGAUGGUCAAAGAUGAAGAGGAGUUCAAGAAACUACUGAGGGAGACACUGGGAGGUUUGAUGGUGCAUUUACAAGGCAAUGCCGUUUCGGUGUCAACCAACUCGGUCGUGCACGAACCGCUCACUUCUGCAUCCACUCUCUUGGAUCCUCCUUCCACAUAAUCUGCUGCUGCUGCUGCUGAGCUUGAAAGCUGAGAUCACAAAGAUGACUCAGUUACUACUCUACUUACUACAUGCCUUAGGAUUUAUGUUGUAUAUGUUGACAUGUUCUGCCGAUAAUAUGGAUAGUGGUUUACUUACUACUGAUAUUUGUUGAUCUAUGCAUUAAUCGGUAUAAAAGAAAUUCACUGAAAGCCCACCUUAUAAGAGGGCCAAGACAGCCAAAAACCUGAGAAAUCGAAGGUAAAUAAAGUUACUGAUACAUU